UAACACGCAGAUCGUCCCUCCUCUUGCACGCGGUUCCGCUGCUCACAGGAGUUGAGUUGAGCAACGCGCGUUACGCUACGCUGGUAGCACAGCGUCGUUGAGUCGCUGGCCGAAGGGCGUUUACAUACGCGCGAUUUUGAAGCAGUUACAAGCAGCAAGGUUGCAGGAGGGCUGUAAACGCAGCACGCGGACGCAUUGAAACAUGGACACGGCUGCGACUGAGCGCGAGCGGGCGCUGGAGCAGCGCGUGAAAGAGCUGGAGCGGGAAAACGCGUUACUGAAAACCACGCCGCCGGCGCUGUCCGCGCCGCCCGCGGCGCCGAAACCCAAAAGAAAGUGUAUCCUGGACGACAGUGAUUCGGACUCCGACGGCGGCGAGGACGGCGGCGAGGCGGCCGUGCCGGUGACGCAGUCGCCGCGGCCGCGGAAGAAGCCCAAGAGCGACCCGCUCGCCGACGAGGACACGUUCGAGUUCCCGUGCGGCGACUGGCAGCGCCUCACGCCCGCCGAAUCCGACCGCUUCGUCCAGCGCCUGUUGAAGGAGCGGGGCUUCGGCUUCGAUCUGCUGCCGCACCAGUUCCUCGCCGCGAGGCGUGCGGCGGGCCUGCCGGACCGGUGGCCGACGGCGCUCGUCGACGGCCGCGUCGACGCGACGGUCGCCCAGGCGCCGCUCACGGAGAAGAUUCAUCCGGAGAAGCGGCACUUCAUCCUAGCCGACGAGAUGGGCCUCGGUAAGACGGUCGAGGCGCUCGCCGCCGCCGAGCUGCGGCGCGCCGUGCCCUGGGCCAUCGGCUUCGGGGCGGCGCCGCGCGCGGUCGCCGUCGUCGCGCCGAACGCUGGCGUGCUGGACUGUGUGGAAAUCAAAAUUUUACGGCGCGUUCGCGUCGUCCUCGUGCACCCGUCGCACUGGUUGAUUUCCACACAGGUGCUGGACCAGUGGGUCGCGCACAUCGGCCGCGCCGGCGGAGACGUGUUCGUCUACGCGGGCGCCGCCCGCGAGAAGCUGGAGGCGCGGCUCGCCCUCUACGCGAAGCAGCCGGCCGAGCGCGCCAAGCGCGGCGACCGGACGCUCUACGUCGUCAUGGACCGCUACGGGCUCCAGACCGCGGUCAAGCACGCCGUGGACUUCUCGGCUCCGAAGGCCUGUGCCUUAUUUCCCGACGUGGCGACCGACGACCUCCUGCGCCUCGGGGUCCUGAAGAUGGCGAAGCAGGACCCGCGCAAGUUCAAGGAGAAGCUCGACGCCGGCGACUUCGGCGCGCUGCCGCCCGGCCUCAUCGACUCGGUGCAGCUCGAGAAGGGAGGCACCGACGAUGAGUCGACGAUGAUCAGCGACAUCGUGCAGCGGACGCGGCCCGCCGAGGACCGCGGGUACACCUUCGACCUCGCCAUCGUCGACGAGGCGCACCUCCUCAAGAACGACGGGGCACUCUGGGGCAUCGGCGCGGCGCUCGUCGGCCACGCCUCGCGGCGCUUCCUCGCGGUCACGGGCACGCCCUUCAACAACAGCUACGGCGACAUCGCGGCGCUGAUCCGCUACGGCCAGGGCAACACGCACGCGUGGGGCCGCCUCGAGACGUGGCACGACGCUACCUGGGACAAGAAGAACGGUUGUCCCUACCCGAACGCGCAGAUCGUCGCCAACACGCGCGAGUGGCGCGUGGACCACAUCACGUGCCGGUCCAAGGCGGUCACGCUCCGGGGCCUCCCGCCCAAGACCGUGAAGUCCGAAGCCUUCGAGCUCAUGAAGUCGAUCGGCGACGUCAAGAUCGCCGACGCCGCGGCCGCGAUCGCGGCGAACGUCAAGGUCCAGCCGCUCGAGUCGACGGCGUACCUCAUCUACGAGCACAAGGCCUUCCGCUACUACUGCGAGUUCGCGGCCGUGUGCAUCGCGAUGACCAUGGGCCCGCGCACGCCGGCGCUCAAGGCGACUUGGCAGCGCCUGAUGGUGCUCGCCUGCGGCAACAUCACGUGCGCGAAGACCGCGCUCGUCCACCCCGUGUGUCCGCGCGAGGGCCGCUCCAUCACGGCCGCUUUCGUGGGCCGGAAACACACGAUGAAGGCGUGCGCGCUGUGCGGCGACAUCUGCCAGACGGCCAAGGUCGCGGCCGACAUGCUCUCGACGGUCAUCAACCGUGGCGACUUUGUGGGAGAUCCCGUCGGCGGCCCGCAGGAGGAGCUCUCGCAGGAGGAGCUCGUCGCGCGGCUCGCGGUCGACGACCUCGCGGGCGCCGACGACAUCGCCGCCGUCGACGGCAAGACGACGGCCGACGAGCACGAGAAGCCGACGGCCUACGACGACGACGACGAAAGAGACGGCCUCGUGACGCUGCCGAAGCCGUUCUGCUGCCUCGAGCACCGCGCGCACCGGCGCUGCUACCAGGCGCUCGAGCGCGCGGGCAAGCUCGGCAUCGCCGACGCGUGCCCAUUCUGCGACGACCUGUGUGGAAAUCAAAAUUUGGGCGCCCCACAUCUCAGGAUAACCUAGCUCACUGAUUGAUUCCACACAGGCGACGACCUGAAGAAGCGCCUGAAGAUGGGCGCGGAGCCGGCCGGCGUCGCGGCGCCGCGGCUCUACUGCAAGGACGUCGCGUUCGGAGGCUUCGCGCCGACGACGAAGAUGCUGCGCGCCUUCGCCGCGGUCGAGGAGGCCUGCGGCAAGAAGGGCGACAAGAUGAUUAUCUUCGGCGGCAACAAGGCCUCCCUGGACCUGAUCGAGGCCGCGCUGAUCCACGAGCCCGAGUUCGAGGCCAUCGGCUGCUUCCGCUACGACGGAGACAUCUCGCAAGAAUGCCGGAACCGCGCGCUGCGCCGGUUCAAGGCGGCGCCGCGCGGCGCGGUGCUCCUCACGACCGUCCAGACGUCGGGCGUCGGUCUCAAUAUAACGGAAGCGAACCACGUCCUGUUCCUGGACCGGUGGUUUAAUCCGACGACCCACGACCAGGCCAUGGACCGCACGCACCGCUACGGCCAGAAGAAGCCCGUCGAGGUGACGUUUCUGGAUUGCGAGGACUCGGUCGACAAGGUCAUGCGCAUCAUCGACGAGUACAAGUCGCAGAACGCCAAGGUCGCGACGGCGAACGAGGGCGACCUGCCGGGCCUCGCGGCGAAGAAGGUCUCGUGGAAGAUGCUCUGCGGCGUCGUCAAGGACACGUUCAAGGAGAUCUUCGACGCGCGCGCCGAGAAGAUGGGCAUCACGCGGCUGCUCGCCACGACCUACGACAACGCCGGCGCCGGCCACGGCGGCGGGCCGGUGCCCUUCGACUACGGCGCCGCCGUCGGCGACCCCUGGGCGCCCCCCCUCGCCCGGCGCGCCGUCCCAGUCGACUGGAAGCCGGCCAAGCGCGAGCCCAAGGCCAAGGCGCGCGACGACGUCGUCAUGAUCACGCCGCCGCGCGCGGCCGCGCCGGCCGUCAUCGACCUGCGCGGCGACUCGGACGUCGAGAUGAUUGCUGCGCCGGCGCCGGCGCCGCAGGCGCCGAUCGAGAUCGACUCGGACGAGGGGCCGUCGCCCAUCGCCGUCGACGCCGACGGCGCGCCGUGGACGUGUGCGCGCUGCACGUACGCCGAGAACCGGCCGUGCUUCCUCUGCUGCGAGAUGUGCGGCGGGGAACGCGCCUCCUGAGCCCAUGUCCUGUGUAAAGAUACAAUCAUGAACUUAUACACAUACACGCGC